CCAAAUCCGGAAUAGAGAAGCCCCCGGCCCCGGCCCCCUCUGCCUGAUGAAACCUGCUUCCUGCUGCGACAGCCGCAGCCGGAGCUCCCCGGGGCCGCUGGAUCACAUGAUAGAACGACGCUGGCUAGCGAGCUAACAUGUUAGCGUAUGUUGUUAAAGCCCUUGCCAGGAAUCGCACACGGACGCAGUAGCCCAACUAACAAGCAGCCCCAAAGUCCUUAAGUCCUCGUUCGGUGACCUGACUUAAUUCCCAACACGGCUCCACCAAAGAUUACUCAGAAGAGAAGUAUGGAGGCUAAAGAAGUGAAAACAUCUGGGUGGAUCUGCAAGGCAUUGUAGAAAGGGACUUGUCUUCUUUCGUACUUGCCCUCUUCGAGAUAUCAAGUCAUUAAACUUCUGCCCAACAAGUCACAGGGGUUUUGGCAUCCUUUUAAGGAUCAUCAGGCGAGCUAGUCCUUAGCAUCACCGCAGAGAUAUCAGCAGGCUGAGGUUGUGGACUCUAAUGGGAAAGAUGGAUAGGCGAUAAAUAAGACACCAGAUUCUGAGGUACGUGUUGAUUUCGUAAUGACAAGCUGCUGUGCAGAAGAUGUCCACGCUGUCUGUGACUGAUAUCCCAGAUGUUGGUCAUGAUGAGAGUAAGGUGUUUGAUGGGGCCUCUGAGCUGCAGCUGGACUGCAUGGUUGAGGAAAGCAGUGGAAGUACCACAAUGAAGCAUGAUGGCCUGCUGUCACUGACUGACCUCUCCCACCCAGACGAUUUCCCCGUCCCCCCUCAUAAUGGCCCCUCGCUGGCUGAGAUGAGCAGCCCUCUGCCAGUAGAACCAAAUGACAUUAAGCUGGAUCCAGCUGCAGGUGACACAUCUGCAAGCACAGAUGGUCAGCCAGUGAAAAGAAAGAAGGGGCCUGCUCCAAAGAUGCUGGGCAACGAGGUGUGCAGUGUCUGUGGCGACAAGGCCUCUGGUUUCCACUACAACGUGUUGAGCUGUGAGGGCUGCAAGGGCUUCUUUCGGCGCAGCGUCAUUAAAAGUGCCCAGUACUCCUGCAAAAACAAUGGUCGUUGCGAAAUGGACAUGUACAUGCGCCGCAAGUGCCAGCAGUGCCGCCUGCGCAAGUGUCGGGAGGCGGGGAUGCUGGAGCAGUGUGUGCUUUCUGAGGAGCAAAUUAGACUGAAAAAGCUGAAGAAGCAGCAGGAGGAGGAAACGGCCCGCACGUCCACGGUGGUCACACCCACCCCUCCUCAGGAAGCAGCCACACUGGAUCCACAGCAGCAGGAGAUGAUUCAGAAGCUGGUGGCUAUGCAGAAGCAAUGCAACAAGAGGUCUUUCCUUGACCGACCAAAAGUGACGCCUUGGCCACAGAGUCAGGAUUUGCAGAAUCGAGAAGUGCGGCAGCAGCGGUUCGCUCACUUCACUGAGCUGGCAAUCAUGUCAGUCCAAGAGAUUGUGGAUUUUGCUAAGCAGCUUCCUGGUUUCCUUGAGCUCACAAGAGAAGACCAGAUUGCUCUACUGAAGACAUCUACUAUUGAGAUUAUGCUGCUUGAGACGUCUCGGCGAUACAAUCCUGCCAUUGACAGCAUUACAUUUCUGAAGGACUUCAGUUACAAUAAGGAGGAUUUCGCCAAAGCAGGGCUUCAGUUUGAGUUCAUCAACCCCAUCUUUGAGUUUUCAAAAGGAAUGAAUGACCUGCACCUGGACGAGGCCGAAUAUGCUCUGCUCAUUGCUAUCAACAUCUUUUCUGCGGAUCGGCCAAAUGUGCAAGAUCAUGAUCUGGUGGAGCGGCUGCAACAGCCCUAUGUGGAUGCACUGCGCUCUUAUAUCAUGAUUAAGAGACCAAAUGAUCACUUGAUGUUCCCCCGCAUGCUGAUGAAGCUGGUGAGCCUUCGUACACUAAGCAGCGUCCACUCGGAGCAGGUUUUUGCCCUUCGCCUCCAGGACAAGAAGCUUCCCCCACUACUAUCUGAAAUCUGGGACGUCAAUGAGUGACUGCAAACCUGAUGUCACACUCCGUGGCUUUGUUAAGCCUGAGACAGACAUUGCAUCCAGCAAGAUCACUGACUCCUUUCUGACGAUCUUGUCAAGGACUGGUUGUUUUCUUUUUCAUGGGGAAGGGAGAGCAACGCUGCCCUUUGCUCUCAGACUGCUAUAUGGCUUUGUGUUCCUAAGAGGAACAUGAACGCCUACUUUUCUUUGAACCUUGCUUUUUUUUUUUUUUUUUUUUUUUCUUCCAUGUAGAUACUGACGUGAUUGUGGUUAAAUACCAGCAUUUGGCUCUUUAGCCAGUUAUCUCUGAUUUAAUAUUUGUUGAACGUUUUGUCAAUCUCUAGUGCGGUUUUUAUCCUUUUCCUCUAACAAUAAUAAUCAACAGGAACUGAGCAGGUCUUGGCUGUGGCUCUUUCAAACGUCAGGAUUACAGUCACACAUUCAGUUAAAAUGGUGAUAUUUGCAUUUGUGCAAUAGAACGGGGAAAAGAUGGGCAUAAUCAGACCCACGACAGCUUUUCACUUUAUUGACAUUAGGUUAAAAUAUAGGCCAUUUGGUUGAUACGUAAUAUGCAUUUUAAUAUGGCAGCAAAUAGAUUUUUGUUCCCUUUGGAGUAAGUACAAAAGUUAAAGGCUGGUGUAGUUGCUCAGGUAAUGUGAAGUAGACCUCUGAGAACUGGAGGCUUCUUUAAUAUCUAUUAGUUUAAUAGAUUUACUUUAGUUUUUCCAGAUGAAUAAGGGACCUUUUUGGUCGUUUGUAGAAGCCCAUUACAGUUAGUGUAAAUUGUAUAUUUGUUUACAUUAAAAAUAAAAAAUGCAAAGCUUAUCCUCAAGAUUGUACAAUCACAUGCUAACGCACAAGAAAGUACAACUCUGCAGGUGACUAGUAGGCUGGGCCCUUCACAGGAAAUGGUGUGUUUUGUUUUGUUUUAUCACUCAGUGCAAUGGUACCCUGAAAUACAGGCGGUAUUGUCUUUAAGAUGUAAGGAAAGAUGAAAUUUCAGUUUGGCAAAGUCAAUCUACCAUGUCUCUGAGCCUUUUUUUGUUUUCCCCAGUGAGAAAGCCCCUUUUCUGUCAAAGUUGCAUUCACAAAUAAAUGAAAAGUAUUGGCUUGAUUAACACCAUCUUUGUAACUGUGUAAGUGAAAUGUACUUUUGUGAUUUCGCUCUAGCAUUUAAAAGUGUGUCAAAUGUUUGAGCAGAAAAGGAGACGUUUUGUGACAUUUUAUUUUUGAUAAUCUACUAUGUAACUAAUACGGAGGACAAUAAAUGUCAAGCUGAAUUUCUAGUUAGAAAGCUAACUUGAUCUAAAGGUCUGUAAUAGUGUGAGUAUCUUCCUUGAAUGGGUACUCAACAUCAACAGCUUUAACCGGUCAGAUUUUGGGAAACCUCACUAAAAACAUGUACCAAAAUCUUUAUUAACAGGGAGCAGGAAUCAACAGGAAAGAACUACUUUACUAGAGAUAUAUAUAUGUUUUUCUUAUUGCUGUGUUUUCCAUGCCUUGUCCUGUGCGGUGUAACACUGAAAUGCUGCAUAAUGGAUGAUAAAGGACUGCCAAUAAUUGUGAAGUCUGUUUUCUCUUCCUAUGUUGAGUGAAGACGGCUGAAAAUUGGGACAGUUUAAUGGCUUUGCAGUCUGUUUUACAGUAAUUUAAUUACCUCUGUAGCCAUUACAAGAUGUCAAGGUUGGAUUUCUCAAUAACUGUAGAUGUAAAAUGCAGUUUGCUCUGUCCUAACAAACAACUUCUAUUAUUUCAGCCGGGAGGUCGUCCAGAAUCAUGUUUUUGGGGACCUUUUAGCUAAUAAAUUCCAUCAGACGGCUAACGUGCUGGUUAAAUGGGACAUUAUCUACACCUGCUACACAAAUGUCACACAGGCACAAGUAGACUCUUCAAAAUUCACUUUAUUGCACAUUAGAUUUUUGUCCAAAAGCACUUGCUGGUGGACUUGAUGUUUAAUUAUUUGAAUUUUUGGUUGUUAAGCUUGGAUUGUGUAACCAAACUGACCCCUUUUUUUUUUUUUUUUUUUUUUUUUUAAACUUUAUCGCCAUAUUGACCAACAUGUCUGUAUUGUAUAAUAUUAGCUUAAACUGAUUAUCUCUCCCAUGUUCAGCUCAUGCUUUUAAUAAAAUUGGCUUUGUUUA